AAUGGAAAGCACAGAAUCGACUCACAACACGAAAGCUUCUGAUUCUGCCUACAGUAACUUUUGCAGUAACAGUCAGUCAGAAAACAACAGUGGAAAUUCAAGUAAAUCGAGACAUGAUGGAAACAAUUCUCCAGGAUCAUCCGGCUAUGGAGGAAAACCACCAACGGGGCAUCCACUUCCCCAGCCAUUAUCAAAACGUUCAAAAGAUCGCAAGAAGAAAAAAUUAAAAAGCACAAUUCAUGCAAACGCAUCAACUGAGGCUGACGAAAGAAAUGUGGUCAUAACAGAAACUAUUCUCGAUAACAAUGUUGAAAGAAUCACAGAGGAGAAUGAUGAACAUCAUCAGCAACAACUAACAGAAAGUUCAACAUUAAUCAACGCAAAAACAUCAGACGGAAUUCAGUCUCCAGCCACAAGGAAAACAUGUGAAGAAGACUUUAUUAAUCCAGACAUCAGUAAUGUCAGUUCACCAAACUUCCAACAACCUCGCGAACCUACAAAAACAGAGAAAAACACUGACGAAGGCUUUUGUUGUGUGAUGUCAAUGCACGAUGGAGUUGUUUUAUACACAACACCGUCUAUAACAAACAGCCUUGCAUUUCCUCGGGAUAUGUGGUUAGGAAGGAGUUUCAUUGAUUUCGUUCAUCCCAAGGAUAGGUCAAUAUUUGCAAAUCAAAUCACAUCUGGAGUUGCAUUGGCUGAAGCUCGCAGCAGUAAAAAUAAUACAAAACAGUCACUGUUUGCCAUGUUGCGACGUUAUCGUGGGUUGAAAUCAGGCUUCGGUGUUACGAAUAAAUCUGUCAGUUACGAAGCUUUUAAACUCAAUUUGACAUUUCGCGAAGCGCCGCUUGAUGAGGUUUCUCAUGAUGCAGCAACACCAUCUGUUAAUUCAUCAAUGCUACUCAUUAUCAGUGCAACACCGGUCAAGACUUUCUAUAAAAAAAAUGAUGAAGUGCUAGCAGGAACACGUGACCAUGCCGAAUUUACAACACGACAUACAGCGUCUGGUGUUCUUAGCAAUGUUGAUGGUACAGCAAGUCUUCUUGGCUUCUUCCCACAAGACAUUUUGGGUAAAAAAAUAAUGGAAUUUUACCACCCUGAGGAUAUGGCGUUGUUGAAAGGAGUUUAUGAAAAGAUGAUGAAGAAAGGCCGCACUGGUGCCUCAUUCCGAAGUAAACCUUAUCGAUUUCUAACACAUAACGGAUGUUAUAUUACAGUAGAAACCGAAUGGUCAAGCUUUGUAAACCCGUGGUCGCAUCAUCUUGAAUUUGUUAUUGGAUAUCAUAGUGUGUUGAAAGGACCGACAAAUCCGAAUGUUUUAGCUGAAAAUACUUCAGAAGGGAAGGCAAGUUUUCCCGACAACGUGCUUAAAAAAAGCAAAAUUAUUCAAGAUGAAAUUUUGAAACUGUUGACUGAACAAGUGUCAAGACCGACAGAAACAGCAAAGCAACAAGUAUCGCGACGAUGUCAAGUGCUAGCAAGCUUUAUGGAGACACUUCUCGAAGAAGUCACAAAGACUGGUUCAAAGAAUGACAUGCAAGUUGAAAGCAUGAGUUCAUCUGACUCCCCACCAAGCUACAAUCAAUUGAACUACAAAGAGAACCUUCAAAGAUUCUUUGACAGUCGACCUGUUACAAUUGAUGAAUCAGAAGUGCAAAAAAUGGAACAAACUGAUAGCGAACCUGAUGCAAGGACAAACAUCAGUCCCUCACAAUGUUUUGAUGAAAUGGCAACAAGGACAAAUGUGAGUCCAUUGCAAUGCUUUGGCGGCAGUAGUAGAUCGGAUAGUGCUGGAAAUUUAAGCUCAACAGGCAAUGCAAAUGCAGAAAGCAUAACGAAUACAUCAAGGGGAACAUCAAACAACAGUUACGUUCCACAGAAACUAACUGAAGCUCUCUUAUGUAAACAUGAUGAAGAUAUGGAAGAAUUAAUCAUAAAACGCCAUAAACUCACAAAAUCAAGCGGCAAAAGCUGUGACAAAGUGAAGAAAUGUUCAGAUAAGACAAAUGAAUAUCAUUCACAUGGUGUCAAACGUUCAGGUUCCCGUUCAUGGGAAGGCCAAGGUGAUGCUCAUAAGUCAUCCAAACAACAUCACACGGCUGAACCACAAAAGGCAGUAGCUUCAAUAUUUCCAAAUCAAACAAAUCCUAAUGUUGAGCUGUGGCCGCCUUUUUCUGUCAGUCUUACAACCUUACAAAGCACACUAACAACGUCACAAGCAACAGAAUUCCCUGCAUCGAAUUUAUUCCCAACAGUUUAUUAUCUUGCACAAACCAUUCCACAAUGUAUGCAAAGCGUAAUCUAUCAACCCUUAAUAUAUUCACACCCAUCGACUUUCUAUCAAAUGAACUUCCAAGCCACUCAAUCAAGUCGUAAUGAAUUGAAUUACAACACAUCCUAUCAGUUUGUAAAGAAUGCAACCGUUCCGGCACUGCAAACUCCUGCUGACUCUGAUUCGAUUGUGCAAAGUUUAUCUUUAAAACGUCCACCGUCACAAGCAACUUCAGUCAAAGCUGAUAUGGGGUCAACAUCGGCAUCUGUUAACAGGGCGCUUUCAGAAACUUCAAGAAAAGGUGUGUUGGCUGAUUCACCACUCCCGCAUGAUGGUCCAAGUGGAUUAAAUAUUAAUGACAAUGAGGCAAGUGGAUUGAUUGGAAUAAGCGAGGAUGAAUCAAACUACUCAAGUUUCUAUUCAUCAUUUCUUAAAACUGACGAAGCUCCAUCGUCAUCAAACGAAGGUCGAGGAGAGAAUUCAACUAUUCAGAACAAAGCUAUUCAAUGGGAUGAAAUAUCAAAGCCACCAAUUCGAAGAGCUAAUCCUCAUUGGAUUGAAAAUAUAAAUUUAACGAAUGAACUUGUGUUUCGUUAUCAAUUAGAUGCAAGAACUCUUAAAGAUGUUCUGAAUGAUGAUAUGUAUACUUUGAAAAAAAUUCACCAGCCUGAUUUAGUGAAUGAUCAACUCGAUCAGCUUUACUUGGAUCUUGAAGUCGAAGAUUCAUCAACAAGAAUUGCAUUGGAAUCAACAUCAGGAAGCAGCGGUGAAGAGGAUAAUUCUUUGAAAUUAACGAAAAAGAAAAAAAUUCAUUAUAGCAAAUUAGUUUUCACUUACGAGGAAAAUUGUCCGCUGCCGUCAGAGUAGAAGCCUUUAAAAGAUUCAAAGAGUUUGCACAACUCAACAUACAUAAAAUAUUAAAUAAAUAAUUUGUGAAAAUUUAAAAUGUAUAGAAAAUGUGUAAAAAUGUUACU